UGACGGCACUCCUCUCCCUUCACGAUCAUGGAUUGGGUCUGAGCUAUAUGACUAAACAGCUCGUCGUCGAGCGUGGCCGAUGCCGAGGCGCUGGUGCUUGCCCGAGUUCAAAAAAGCCAAGAAAUCAAAAGAAGCCGACUGAAAGUGGGCGUCCUGACAUGUCGCGAUUGUUGCGACAUGUUAGUCGAUGCAUCUACCAAACAGAUGUGUGUUCCUGAGAUGCAACCUCUUCGCCACCAUCACGCUUGCCACCAUCACCUUCCUUUUGAUCGCUCCUCACUCUCUCUCCAAAGGCAGCACGUUGAUCGUGCUGGCCUCUACAAUCCUUCGUCUUUGCACGCUCUUUUGAACCAAACGGGGCCUGGCGCCUUUCGUCUCGACCAACAUGCAGCCACCAGUCUGCUUCGUCGCUUUGUUCUCCAUUCUUUUCUGUUCAUCUAUCGUCCGAACCGUCUCGGCCGCACCGCUGUUCGGCUUCUUCGGAGGUGGAGAUGGCAGUAGCUCUGCUGCUGCCGCUCCCUCGCCAUCGCCAAGCGGCGCAGGCAGCCCUGCAGGCUUCACGCCUCUGGGCUCCCCUACGGACGUCUUCUCCGAGGGUGCAACCUGCACCGCCUCCUGGACGCCCGACACGAGCGGAGCAGCCACCUGGAAGAACAUGUCCAUCUCCCUCAUGACGGGGAGCAACCUCAACAUGACCAUGCUUGCCACCGUCGCCACGGGUCUCGACGGCACCAACACGGCAGUCACCUCGUACAACUACACCUGUCCGCAGGUGGAACCAACGUCAGCCAUCUACUUUCUCCAGUACAACCACGACGGAGACCAAGACUCCAAGUGGACGACGAGGUUCGCCAUAACCGACCCGAGCGGAGCCACGGUGCCUCCGCCCAAUGCGAAUCAGCCCGACGGUGGAGACCCGGCUGUUCCAUGGGGCGAGGGCCGGCUCGUGAGCGCAGGCAACGCCACGACGACGUCAUCAAGCACACCAGCAUCCUCUUCGACUGCCACCGCGGCGUCAUCUGCGACGCCAGCGGCAGCAACGACGACGGCAGGAGGUGGGCUUCCGCCCCAGGAGCAGAUGCAGUCAGCCUUCAGCGCUGCCUUUGCAGCGGGCACCGGGCCCUUUACCAACGCCGACCUCAUCGCUCCUGGUGGCUCCCUGUAUCGUCAGAAGACAAAUGGUGCAUCUCCAGCGGCGACUACUUCCCCCAUUGGCCUCGGCCUUAGUGCUCUUGCAGCUGGACUGGGAGCCUUCCUGAUAUUGUAGUCUAGCUAUUUCUGCAACAGCUAUUUGAGUGGUCCAAUAUGCUGAUUGGGUGUUGAUGGUCCCGCAGAAGAGGGCAGUAGUAGUACAUCGUGGAGUUUUCUAGUAGUGCUGCAUUCGACCUGAGCGA